GCCCACCGCCGUAUGCACACAGUCGCAGUCGGAGGGUCGUGAAAAACUUCGACGUUGAAUUUGCUUCAAUGGCGGAGAUUGAAGGCAAAUGAGCGUUGUUUUUAAUCCGACGGAUGAAAACACAAAUCACCGUGCGAUGGGCGGUAGUGGUAAUGAGUGAGCGAGAAGUUGUGGUGCAUUUCCGGUUCUGUACGGUCCUGGCUGCAGCAGGCAAACGUGUAUAGGAGAGUGUGCGUGCCCCAUGUGUGGGGGAGUGAAAAAGUUCGAUUGUGUGAGGAAAAAUAUGGAGUGUAAGAGCCCAACCACCUACUCGUCGGGUGCCGCCAUAAAGCCUGAUUUCGAGAUUCGCACACACAGAUGAGGUGAAAAUGGCUAACAACAACAAGAGCAGCAGCAGCAGCAGAAAGAAAGCAGCAUCCAGCAUCAAAGCACUCACCGUGCAACCACCACUGUACGUAGUACACACACAUACGCACACACAAAGCCCCAUCGAAGCAAUCGGAGGGAUCCUGCACUAACCAACAUUAACAUCAUUAACGCACGGCGUGCUGUGUGUGUGUGUGUGUGCUGUUGCCACCCCGUGUCCUUUCGUGGGUCGUUCUGUGGCUGCGCGUGCCUCCUCUGUCUCUCUGUCGUUUCGUUUCGCAGCCAGAGGGAAGGCAGAUUUUACCUUUUACCGAAAACAGCCAGGGAUAGCGAUAAAUCGGUCAGUGAUGGAGGAGAGCGUAAGUUAAUUGCCAUUUUAUUGCAUCGAACCGAACCGAAUGUCCGCAGUUCGACCGCGCGUGCUAGUGGAGAGUUUUCUGUGCGCGUCGCGAAGAAGAAGGGACCAAGUGCAUUCGUGCUGAUGAUGUGUUUAUUCGAUAGUGGCGGCGAGAUUCGUGAGUCAGCAGCGCAGUCUGUGGAACAGGCUCCAUCCCGAGUGCUCGAUAAUGGUCUCGCUGCUGCACAUAAAACGACCAUUUUUUUCCACAACAUUAAACGUGUGAGCGUGUGUGUGUGUGUUGUGUUGAGUGUGUGAGUCACUGCGUGUUGCUUCGAGAGAUGUAAAACAGUUGUUUUUGUGUGCUGAAAUUACGCGCAUGGAGGAAGCUGCUAAAAUUCGAAACAAACUGCAAACCACGCUACACAAAAGAUACUGGCGAGGGGAAGUGUCGAUGGAGCGCCGCAUAGUGGACGGCCGUUUUCGAUUGCCGCUCUGGAUUAUGUAAACGAGCCUACAGUCUACAGUGCCGAAAAGAAGAGAAGAGUGUCGUUCAACUCGCCUCGCCGCGUUCGAUCCGUGAUGGCCAGAGGAUGUGCUGCUACUCAACACGACCACUGGACUGUACCAGCAAUCGGUGACGCUAACCGCACGAAUGUAUCCGAUUGAGGCCACCGCGGCAAAGUCGAUCUGGGGCCUACCGACGCUGAUCUGGGGUAUACUGAUCGGAACGGUCGUGAUACUGAUACUGAUCCUAGCAACACUCUUCUUCUGCUGCUGGGUGCAGCCACGUACGCGCAAACUGCUCAACUCGAGCUACUACACGACGACCGCUAACAACGGAAACGCCUCCCAAAGCUCGAUUGUAGCCAAAUCGUGCACCAGCAGCGACUCGAACCAACUAGUGAUGCCCCUAUCGAUCGGCAUCUGUCCACCGCAGUAUAGUGCCCCGCCACCGCCCUCCACCAGCACCAACACCCCGCAGCACACCGCAGCGAGCGGCAGCAACAGCUCGCUACAUCAUGCUUCAACCCAUCCUGCCGGCGGAUGUGCACACCAUACCUGUAGCGCCGUCCCAGCAACCACGACCAACCACCAGCAGCAGCAGCAGCAGUGCAACAGCAUGGCAUCCGGUGGGCAGGACUACGGCCACCUAAAGUACGGCAGUUCACCGCAGCAGUACGCCGCCCAGCAGUACGCUCACCAUCAUCAUCAUACACAGCAGCAGCAACAGCAGCAACAUCACCAACAUCAAUGCAUACAUUAUCAGCAACAGCAACAACAAUACAAUCAACAGCAGCAGCAACAGCAACAGCAACAUCACCAUCAUCAGCAGCAGCAGCAACACGUACAGCUGCAUGGGCACCACAUACACGGACAGCAGCAGUACAGUCCCUACAACCAGCACCAGUACUAUCAUCAUCCAUCAGCUCAGCAGCAGCAGCAGCAGCAGCACCAACAACAACAACAACAACAACAGUACCUUCACUAUCAACAACAUCAGCAACAACAUCACCAGCAGCAACAAAGAGAGCACCAUCAUCAGCAUCAUCAACAGCAGCAGCAGCAGCAGCAACAACAGAUACAGCAUCAACAUCAUCAAUCUUCCUCAGGUCAUAACCACCAGUCACCACAGCAGAGUCAGCUGGUACACACGCAACUGCACAAGUCGAUGUGGGCGAUCAAUCCACUGUACGCUUCCAGUGGAGUGAUCAACGAUGAGAAUGAGGGUGACACGAACACCACCUACCGGACACGAUCCCUACCUUCGUGGGGUAAGAAUAAGCAGCGCCCCCUGUCCAAUGCGGACGAUCUGGAGGAGCUGUACGCGAAGGUGAAUUUUAGUAAAAAACGACGCAACAGGAUGCGUAAUGAUGAAGCUGCCAUUAUUGCCCUGUGCCGGUCGCGGUCGCAAAAUCUUGCCGCACUGCCCCACGCCGCCGAUCAGGAUGCAGUGGUCGUGUACGAUGAACGCACUGCCCUCUAGAUCAAAUGCAGACUUGCUGGUAGUUCUCUUACUGUAAAUCGAAGUAAAAAAAAACACGUCAAUAGAUAUUUGUAGCUAUAGAAGUUGGAAAGGAAAGGAGUAUUAUCUUAGGCUGUCGUCACCUGUCACCGGUGUAAAGAAUCGCUCUAGUCUCUAGUCGAAUACGUUCGUACACGUGCGCGUAGUUAUUGAAUCACUUCUCUUUGCAUACGUUUGCAUACCGCAACCACCCCCAGUGCCAUUUUAGCUCCCGUUAGUGUUGAGUGAGCGUGCGUGGAAACAAUUUCCUAGUGUUCUAGCUGAAGUAACAACAACUCAAAAAAAUAAAAUGCUCAAUUGCACUGGAAGACAGUGAAGUAAGCAAACGAACAACCAUCGACGAUAGCAUCAAUGUGCGUCAUAUUGCAUCGGUCAUUUGUAAUCAUCCGUUGUUGCAUUCCAUCAGAGUAUAAAGCAUAAAAUUCGUAUCCUUCUUUUAAAACGAUUUCAUUUUCCUCUCCUAUUUGCGAAGAGCGUACUGUAAGUUUAAACAUACCAGAAACUCGCCACAUGGUGGUAGCAGCAUUCGUCUUCAGCCUAUCAGGUGCAAUUUUGCGCGAAACGACUAAACUUCUCUUCGGCUAGCGAAUGUUGAUGGUUGCGUAAACAAAUUAGCUAGUAUUAACUGGAACCGAUAAAACGAUCCCCUCCCCAAUCCCCCCCCCCCCCCUUAUGUCACACAAAAGAUGUACAUGUGUUGAAAAGAAGACUGAUGAACGAACCCGACAAAAAACUCUACUCCCGCUGAUAUUUAAUAGUACUUUCACAUCACCGUUUGUGGAUCGUAGGUGUAUCGAUUGGGCUGGGAGAGAAGAAACUCGAUCGAUAUCGUAAAUAUUCCCAUUUUUAUCUACAUCUACAUUGCUGCCGAGAGAAAAGCGGGCCGUUGGAAACGUUCACGGCAAAAACGUUCAGUAUUUUAGAACGCCUGCCCAAAACCUUCCCAUUCACUACACAUUGUUCGGAGUAGGAAGCAGCUAGCAGAAAGUUAGUAAAAUGUUUAAACCGCGCCAACGCUUUUUAGUUUAAAGGGGUGCCGAGUGGAAAUCCCGGAAAUAGCACCGUAGAUGGUAAAGCGCAGUAGAAUCGUUGUGUUAUUUUUUUGUGUGUGGAACGCCAAACUAUCGUGGAAUGGAAGGUAUGCAAUUUCUUCUUGCCGGAUUAAUCUUAUCAUUCGUCGUAGAAAAUCAUUAGCAAACUCGUUAAAUGGAAAUUGUAUCGAACUAAUGGAUCCAAGAGGCUUGAAGCUUGGCGGCGAACAGGUAAUGAGAUAGACAGAGAGAGAGCGAGAGAGAGAGCGAGAGAGAAAGAGAGAGAGAGAGAGAGAGAGAGAGAGAGAGAGAGAGAGAGAGAGAGAGAGAGAGAGAGAGAGAGAGAGAAAGAGAGAGAGAGAUAGAGAGAGAGAGAGAGGUAAUCAACAUGUUGGAAUUAUUAGAAAAAGAGUGGGCAAUCAUGGUUAAGGGCAGCCGAUAGGCUAGAAUGGAACACGAACAGGAAAAUAGUAGAGAAAUUUGUAACAAGCGAGUAUAGUUGGAAUGUAUAAAGUGAAUUGAUGAAUUAAGCUAAAAUCGACCACACAA